GAAAUUGAUAUGAUAAAGAAUCUCGUGUGGAUAAGUACAAUGUGUAGUGUGUACAUAUUAUUGUACUGUACGGGCUGUUGGUUAUAGACCGCUAACUAGCUAACUUUACUAAGAAAAUAAAAUAAUUAAUGUUUAAAUUUGUCGUUGGUAUUUAAUAAUUCAAAAUGGACACAUUUGAGUCGAAUUCGAAGGACAAUAACAACACGAGUUCAGAUGAGGAAGAUGAAGACGAAGAAGCCAAGGAAUUGACUGAUGAUGUUGAGAAAAGUUUUUUUAAAGCAUUGUCUUGUCUUAAAAAAGACGAUCCCAAGAUUUAUGAUGAAUCCGUUAAAUUUUUUGACUCGUCAGCCAUACAACAAAGUAUCAAAAAAUCAACUGAAGGCAAAAACAAAAGUUUAAAUCCUAUUUAUUUAGAAGAAUAUAAAAGGAAAAUUUUAUUAGAGCGUGGACCUGAAUUUGAUGACUCCAAAGAAACUAAUGAAGUCCUUAAGAAAGAAAAAGUUCGAAUGUCAUCACCCUCUUAUGUAGAAGAACAGCAGGCUAUUAAAGAAAGUUUUAACUUUGCACUUGAUGAUAAUUCAGACGAUGAAGACAUACUAAAGCCACGACUUAAGACCAAAGAAGAACAGGAAAAAGAAGAAAAAGAUUAUUUAGAAUGGUUAAAAGGAAAUCGAGAUGAACUUGAAGAUGAGGAAACAAAAAAAGAUCUUCAACACUUACAUGAUUACUGGAAUAAUCCUAAUUUAGAUGAAGGAGAACAGUUUUUAUGUGAUUAUAUCCUUAAUAAAAGAUUUUUAGAAAAACCAAAAGAAGAAAAUUUAAUAGAAGAUGAAAUGAGAUUUUCUGAAGAAGAUGAAAUGCUUGAGAAACAUGAAGAAUUUGAACAUAAAUAUAAUUUUAGAUUUGAAGAACCAGAUAAAGAAUUUAUCAAAACUUAUCCUCGAACUAUGGAAAAUUCUUUAAGACGUAAAGAAGAUAAACGCAAGAAAAAGCGGGAAGAAUUAACUGAAAGAAAAAAAAAAGAAUUAGAAAAGCGGUCCUUAGAAAUCAAACAUCUUAAAAAGCUUAAAAAAAAAGAAAUUAUUGAUAGAAUUAGAAAACUUCAAGAAAUAACUGGAAAUAAACGUGUGGGAUUUGAGGAUACUGAAUUAGAAGAGGAUUUUAACCCAACUGAAUAUGAUCGUAAAAUGCACGAGUUAUUCGAUGAAGAGUUUUAUGAUAAAAUGGAUGAUGAGAAACCAGUGUUUGACAAAGAAGAAGAUGAAUUUAUUAUGGAUUGUGACUAUGAUCCAAGUAUGGAUAAGAGAGCCAAAAAACAAACUAGGGCUGCAAAACGCAAAGAAAAAAAGAAAUUAAUGGCUGACGAAGAUGAAGAUAACACAGAAAUCGACCAUACUAAAAAGAUACCAAAAUACAAUCCAGCGAAUGGAUCAUUUGAAAAGUACAUCGAUGAAUAUUAUAGUUUAGACUGUGAGGAUGUUGUUAGUGGUGUUCCAACCCGAUUUACUUACAAUAAGGUUCUUCCCAAUGAUUAUGGCCUGACAAUUGAUGAGAUUUUGAGAGCUGAUGAUAAUGAGCUUAAUAAGUGGUAUCCUCUGGGCAAAUUGACUAAAAUUCAACCUGAAGCUGUUCAAAAAUUUGAGGCUAAGAUUUACAAACGAAAAGCUAAAGAUAUUGAAUUAAAAAAGAAAAUGUUACCUAGCCUUUUUAAAGAAGAACUUGAUGAGGUUAAUGAAACGCAAGAAGAAAAUAAAGAAAUAACAACAAAAAAGAAGAAAAAGAAAAAGAAAUCUACAAAAAAUGUUUUUAAAGUUGAAGAAGUUUUGCUUAAAAAUAAUGAUGAUCUUCAGAAUAAAAAAGGAAAUAAUAAUAAUCAGUUAACAAAAAAGACCAAAUUUAUGAAAAACACUCAGAAUAAUUCAAUUAUAAAAAAUGUCAAGAAAACUGAAAAUAAUAAAAUUGAUAAUACUCAGAAUAAUUCAAGUAUAAAAAAUGUCAAGAAAGUUGAAAAUAAUAAAAUUGAUAAUACUCGAAAUGAAAAUAAAAUUAUUAAAAAUAUUAAGAAAACAGAAGACAGUAAAAUAGAUCAAAUUCAAAAUAAAAAUAAAACUCUUAAAAAGGGUGAAAAACGAAAAUUAAACCAUACUCAGAAUGGAUCGCAUAAAAAGCAAAAGUUCUCAGUUAAAAAGUAUAAAUCUAAUAAAGAACCUAGUGCUUUAGAAUCAAUGACGGAUGACCGAUUGAAAGCAUAUGGAAUAAAUCCAAAAAAGUUUAGAAAUAAAUUAAGAUUUGGUAACAAUCAAUAAAGCAAUUUAUUAAUUAAA